AUGGCACCAAAAAAACCUUCCAAUAGACAAACUUUGAGAAGAGAGGUUGCUCCUGAAGUGUUUCAAGAUUCGCAAGCUAGAAACCAGUUAGCUAAUGUUCCUCAACUUACCGAGAAGUCAACUCGGCGUAAACCUUCCAAAACAAAGGUUAAAAAAGAACAGUCUUUAGCUAGACUUUAUGGUGCUAAAAAAGACAAGAAGGGGAAAUAUUCUGAGAAGGAGUUAGAUAUUCCAACACUUAAUAGGGCCAUUGUUCCAGGUGUUAAGAUAAGGAGGGGUAAGAAAGGUAAGAAAUUCAUUGACGAUGAUGAUACUUUGACUUUAAACCGUUUAAUAAAAACCAUUGGUGACAAGUACGAUGACAUAGCUGAGAGCAAGCUUGAGAAAGCCAGAAGAUUGGAAGAAAUACGAGAAUUGAAAAGAAAGGAAAUCGAAAGGAAGGAAGCGCUUAAACAAGAUAAGUUGGAAGAGAAAAAGGACGAGAUCAAAAAAAAGUCUUCUGUUGCAAGAACUAUACGUAGAAAAAAUAAACGUGAUAUGUUGAAAAGUGAAGUAAAAGCCAGUGAAAGUGAUCCUAAAGAAAAGAAGGUGAAAAGGGUUUCAUUUGCUUAA